AUGAUCGAGUUUGAGUUCUUGAAAAAAAAUCGUGAAACAACGAGGAACUUGACUCGAAGUCUAUGGUUACCCACUGAUGAGAAUUUUUUCAUGAGUCAGAAAAAUGACCAUUGUAAAUGUGAAUUUACCGAGACUAGUGGUGGUUCUUGGUUCACUGUGAAUGCGCAUUUGAGCGAUUGUGGGUCUUUACGAAAAUAUUUCAGGAUUCGAAUGUAUCCCACACCAGAUGAGGCAAAAGUGUUGAGUUUGUGGUUGAAUGGUGCCCGAUGGACUUACAAUCGGGUGGUCGAGAUGCAUCAGCAUGACGGGUUCAGAUCUUUCAAGACCAUCAAAAAUUUCUCGUUGAAGAACGAUUACAUUAAGCAGUAUCCCGAAAUUUAUUGGUUGCUAAAGGUGCCUUACGAGUUGGAAUCUGGUGAGAAGCGCAAGGAUUUCAAGAUGCAUUUUCGAAGCAGGAAGCGGGAUCAUGUCCAGUCUAUGAUGGUGUUGGGUCGUGAUUUCAAUCGUGAGAAAGGAGCGUACGCCUUCUUGAAGAAUAUUGUUUAUGCUGAGAAAUUACCUAAGGUCAAUAAUUCGGUCGUGAUCACGUUGGACAAGGCUGGAAGGUUUCAUAUACACGUUUCCGUGCCGUUGGAGGACCGCGAGAAUCAAGCGAGAAUCAGCGGUACGAUCGUUGCGCUGGAUCCUGGCAUGCGAACGUUCAUGACAUGCCACGAUCCACGGGGUCGAGUGGUUGAAUGGGGUAAUCGAGAUUUCGCGAGGAUCGUUCGGUUGAAUAAGAAGUUGGAUAAGAUGCAAGGUGAAUUAAAAAAGAACCUGAAUGUAAGCGAACCCGGUAUCGAUUGCGCAAGAAGAUGGCGAGAUUCAGGAACAAGAUUCGCAACCUUAUCGAUGAGCUGCAUCGUAAGCUCGCGAGAUGGUUGUGCGAACGUUACCAGACCAUCCUCAUUCCCAAGUUUGAGACGAGCCAGAUGA